AUGCCGAGGGAGUGUGUGAACGCGGUCGCCAUGUUGAGUCCCGUCCUCAACGCGUCCAACGGCGACGGCUCCGAGUCUGAGACCACCUCUGCCAUCCUCGCCUCGGUCAAGGAGCAGGAGCUGCAGUUUGAGCGUCUGACCAGGGAGUUGGAGGCGGAGCGACAGAUCGUGGCCACCCAGCUGGAGAGAUGCAAGCUGGGCUCUGAGACCGGAAGCAUGACCAGCAUCAGCUCAGCAGAGGACAAGUUCCGAUGGAACAACCAAGAUGGCCAGAAGGACAUUGAGGAGGAGCUGACCACAGGUCUGGAGCUGGUGGACUCCUGCAUCCGCUCCCUGCAGGAGUCUGGCAUACUGGACACCCAGGAGUUCACUGCUGGAGACAGACAAGGCCUCCUUUCCCAGAGUGCUUUGCAGCUGAACAACCAGGAUGCGUACGCGGCAGCCGGUUACCAUAGCAACCAGGGCCUUAUCCUGGGCGAGGGGGCUGGUCCCCGUGGCGGCCAGGUGGGAGGGGCCGUCCAUAGCUACAACCAGGUGACCUCCAACCGUGUGGCGGCCCAUCUGGCGGCAGGCGGGGGGGAUUCCCCCUCCCAGUGCCAGCGGGACUCGUACGCCCAGCAGCACGCCAGCGCCUUCCACCUGCCCUCCGACGGAAGCCCCGCCUCCUCCGCUGCUGGCAGCUCCGGACCCCCCAUGUACUACUCCUGUGCCACGCUCCCUGCCCAGCGUGUAAGCUCUCCUCUGCAGGCCAUGGGUUCUCCCACUAAGCUCCAGAGGCUGGCCUCCACAUCCUCGGAUAUGCCCAGCUAUGCCACCCUACAGCGGGUCUCCUCGCCCAAGCAGUCCCCCAGCCGGCUUGCCAAGUCCUACAGCACCUCCUCCCCCAUCAAUAUGGUGGCCGGCGCCGGCUCCUCCCCCCUCGCCAUGGCGACCUCGCCGGGGGGCAACCUGUCGGCCGCCUCCCCCUUCCACGUGCUGAGCUCCGGGGUGGGCAGCUACGCCACGCUGUCGCCCACCAAGCGCAUGCUGCACCACGUGGGGCCCGACGGCUACAAGAUCUCCCACGAGCUGUACGCCAACGCCACCCUCAAGAGGCCAGGGAGCCUGGCAGGUUCCCGAGGGUCAUACAGCAGUCAGCACAGUCACCUGGGGUCUGAACUCCGACCCCUGCAGUCCCCUGAGCACCACAUCGACCCCAUCUACGAGGACAGAGUCUACACCAAGCCCAACCUGCGGGGACAAGACCCCAUGGUUGACCAGCUUUGCCAGGAAGUCCUCAACUAUCUGCUCUAUCCCUACGCUCUAGCCCCGCCCUCUCCCGGUGUCGACCCAAUCCCCUUGCAGCGCACAGCUAGCCAGAGUGCGUCCGGCACCUAUCAGAGGGCCAGCUUCGCCGCCGGAGGCGGAGUCUCGGACUACGGCAACCCGUACCGCACGCUGCCCUUCUGCACGUCUAGCGAGUCGCCCUACAGCAAGUCUGGCACGAUACUGCCCCCUGAGGUGGCCCUGGCCCGGUCUCCGUCGGUGGACAGCAUCCAGAAGGACCCCAGGUACGACCCAGAAUUCCUUGUGUGGAAUCAAAGUCAAGCCGAGCAGAGACUGACAAACCCCUCCCCCCUCCAGUGGUCGGUGUACAUCCGCGCGGCGGUGCGUAAGGAGAAGGGGCUGCCCAUCCUGGUGGAGCUGCUGAGGAUAGACAACGACCGGGUGGUGUGCGCCGUGGCCACCGCCCUGCGCAACAUGGCUCUGGACGUCCGGAACAAGGAGCUCAUCGGUAAGUACGCCAUGAGGGACCUGGUCCACCGCCUGCCCGGCGUCGGCGGCAGCAACAACAACAACACCAGCGCCGGGGGCGGGGCUAACGGCAGCGGGGGCGGGGCCAAUGGCACGGGGCUGCCGGGCAAGACCAUGUCGGACGACACGGUGACGGCCAUCUGCUGCGCGCUGCACGAGGUCAUCACCAAGAACAUGGAGAACACCAAGGCCCUGAGGGACGCCGGCGGCAUCGAGAAGCUCAUCGGCAUCGCCCGCAGCAAAGGAGACAAACACACUCCCAAGGUGGUGAAGGCCGCCUCGCAGGUUCUCAACAGCAUGUGGCAGUACAGAGACCUACGCAGCCUCUACAAGAAGGAUGGCUACUCCCAGUACCACUUUGUGGGCUCCUCCUCUACCAUAGAGAGGGACAGACAGAGGCCUUACUCCUCCUCCCGCACCCCCUCCAUCUCCCCCGUCCGGACGUCCCCCAACAACCGCUCCGCGAGUGCUCCAGCCUCACCAAGGGAAAUGAUGGCGGCGAAGGAAAGGAAGGCGGAUUAUGAGUCGACGAGCAAUCCUGGUUACCAUGGCAACAAGGGCGAGCACACCUCCAGGAAGGACGCCAUGGCGGGUCAAAUCCCAGGCGGAUCGUCAACGCUACACAGAGGCGCCUACGUCUCGCCCACAGACGACCUCAAAUACAACCAGGUGUCCUCCCAGGGCAUGCCCUCCGAACCCUACCCGCCCUUCCAGAACCCCCCGCCGCCGCCCGGCGCCGGUAACUACGACGACCAGGCCUUUUACGAGGAGCAGGUGCACGCGGCGGGGGGCCGCCCCCCGCAGGGAGACCUCAACAUGCACCUCGGGGGCCUCAAGUCCACUGGCAACUACGUGGACUUCUACUCCGCGUCGCGGCCCUACAGCGAGCUCAACUACGAGACCAGCCACUACCCGGCCUCGCCGGACUCCUGGGUCUAGUGGGGUACCCCCCCUCCUGGGUCUAGUGGGGUACCCCCCCUCCUGGGUCUAGUGGGGUACCCCCCCUCCUGGGUCUAGUGGGGUACCCCCCCUCCUGGGUCUAGUGUGGGAGCCUCCUUCCGGUUCUAGUGGGGGAACCCCCCCUGGGUCUAGUAGGGGGUCUCCCCCUAGGUCUAGUGGGGGAACACCCCCUAGAUCUAGUGGGGGAACACCCCUGGGUCUAGUAGGGGGACCCCCUUUCUGGGUCUAGUGGGGGAACCCCCCCUGGGUCUAGUGGGGGAACCCCCCCUGGGUCUAGUACUCGAGAGAUCCAGAGCCUGAGAUGAAGGGGGGGAGGGGAGAGGAUGAUCUCUUUAUUUUUGUUCCAUUAGUUCUUCUUUAUCUCUCUGCCCCUCUUGUACAAUUCCAAGCCCCCACCGACGUCAUUACCUUCACGACCAUCUCUGCCCCCUCUCAC